CUCAACUGUGACGUCUCUAACCUCUUCCUUUAUCCUACCAAAAUCAGGAAUCAGGAAGCGCGGUCGCCGUCUUUCUCCCGUCGCUCUCAAAUUGUUUUGCUUCAAUUUCCUGCUCGGACAUACACGAGUCCAAAGAUAGAGGACGAGCAAAACUGUCGGACCCGUCGAGCAUUUUAUCGCAUCUCUCAAUCGCUCUUUUUUUUCGGGAUCUAAGCGACGCACGGUUUCCGCUAGAAUUGCAUUUCGUCUUUGAGAUUCGGACGCGUUCGAGAUCUGAGCUGACUGGUGGUACAAAGAUAGCUUUGGUAUGACAGAAACAACAUCUGAUUCUCCACGCUUUGCCCCUGAGGACCCUUCUCUCCCUAAACCUUGGAGAGGCCUUGUUGAUGGUAAGACUGGGUAUCUUUACUACUGGAAUCCAGAAACCAAUGUUACUCAGUACGAUAGGCCUGGGUAUGUAAGUUCUUCUGUUCAGAAAUCUUCCGAAGGACACCACAGAGACGAUGCUGAUGAUAGGUAUGACAGAGUUUACCGCGGUUCAAGUAAGGGUUCUGGUAGAGAGGACUAUAAGACUGAAAGAAAUAACUUUGACCAUUCUCGUAGCAUUUCAAACACCACAUCUGCAGUAGGAAAUGGUUCAUCUGCUUAUAAAGAUAGCUCAUCAAAUGCGGGAAGUGAAUUAUCUCCAGAUUCUUAUCGCCGUCGUCAUGAAAUAUCCGUAACGGGAGAUAAUGUGCCUCCACCGUUGAUGUCAUUCCACUCAACUGGGUUUCCAUUGGAGAUUUUGAGAGAGGUACAUCAAGCUGGGUUUUCAGCUCCUACACCGAUACAGGCCCAAUCGUGGCCUAUAGUUCUUCAGGGCCGAGAUAUUGUAGCUAUUGCUAAGACUGGCUCAGGAAAAACCUUGGGCUACCUUAUCCCUGGAUUUAUACAUCUGAAACAGUGCCGUAAUAAUCCUCGAUUGGGUCCCACCGUGUUAGUUUUGUCACCCACAAGGGAGUUAGCAACACAGAUACAAGAGGAAGCUGUGAAGUUCAGUAAAUCUUACAAGAUAUCUUGCACAUGUUUAUAUGGAGGCGCACCAAAGGGUCCACAACUGAGGGAUGUAGAUAGAGGGGUAGAUGUUGUAGUGGCCACUCCUGGACGUUUGAACGACAUUCUGGAAAUGCGAAGAAUUAGCCUUAAGCAGGUUUCCUACUUGGUGUUAGAUGAAGCAGAUCGUAUGUUGGACAUGGGGUUUGAACCUCAAAUAAGGAAGAUUGUGAAGGAGGUCCUUGCUCGGAGGCAAACUCUUAUGUUCACAGCAACAUGGCCAAAGGAGGUCCGGAAAAUUGCUGCUGAUCUGCUGGUUAAUCCUGUGCAGGUUAACAUUGGGAAUGUUGAUGAGCUUGUUGCAAACAAGGCUAUUACACAGUAUAUUGAAGUGUUGCCACAAGCAGAGAAGACGAGGAGGCUAGAACAUAUAUUAAGAUCUCAAGAACCAGGAUCCAAAGUGAUCAUUUUUUGUUCAACAAAGAAGAUGUGCAAUGCACUUGCUGGUACCCUUACUCGUCAAUUUGGGGCAGCAGCUAUUCAUGGAGACAAAUCUCAGAGCGAGAGAGAUUAUGUUUUAAAACAGUUUCGCACUGGUAGGUCCCCAAUUCUUGUGGCAACCGAUGUUGCUGCUCGUGGUUUGGACAUCAAAGAUAUCAGGGUUGUAAUAAAUUAUGACUUCCCUACCGGAAUAGAGGAUUAUGUUCACAGAAUAGGAAGGACGGGACGGGCAGGAGCAACUGGUGUUGCGUACACCUUUUUCACCGACCAGGAUGGCAAAUAUGCUGCCGAUCUCAUUAAGGUCUUAGAAGGUGCUAAUCAACGUGUUCCUGCUGAACUACGGGAUGUCAGGUCACGCAGUGGUGGAAAGGGAAAGGCCAGGCGUGCAUGGAGGUCUGGCCCAGCUAGACGUGAAGGAGGAGGAGGACAUGGGCGCAAUGAUUCAGGCAAUGGCGUGCGCGAUGGGGGUGCAAGGGGAUGUUUGGGUAUGUCUUCCUCAUUAGGUAGAGGCGGCAGUGGUCCUGGAUUCGAACGUGAUUCAAGCGACAGACAUGGCCACAGCACUCAUGACAACAAUGGUCUCGGUAGUAACCAUAACCGCGCUUCUGACAGGUUUGGCCGCAGUCGGAGUAGAAGCCCAAACCGGGGGGCUUCAAGAUGGGGCGGCGGCGGCGAUGGUAGUAGGAGUAGGGCCCGCAGCCGCAGUGUUGAGAGGUUCGACCGGUCCCGCGAAGGCCGGAGUUUCCACGAGGAGGCCACGGCAUCCCGGGCAGGAACAUCCGUGAAGCAGAGAUUGCCGCCAGCGUACGAGGCCGAGAACCACUACGGCCCCAAGACGGAGAGCCUCAGAAGGUCAUACGAUAACGGGCCCAAGCAUCGGGAAAGGUCGCCUCCGCGGCAGAGUAAUGGGAAAUAUGCUGGCGACACUUCUCGGCAGAACAGCGGGGAGGAAGAGGAAGGCAUAUUCCAUCCCCCGGACGAGAAGGUUUACUGAGAGAUGGUAAGGAUGGUCUUUGUAAUGGUCACGCCAGACUUUGUGGGUGAAAAUUGUAGCAGGAGAGGAUUGUUUGCAUUGUUUUGUGAUUGGAAGUGUGUGUGUAAUAGGACUGACUACUUGUUUAGUAAUGUGGGUUUUACAUAAUAUAUAGAUUGGGUGUGAUGUGUAUUUUAAAUUACUGAUAGAUAGAGAGAUAUAUAUAAUGUGGACUAUUAUUAUUGACUCAAAAUGACAUUGAAUUCAUUACAUUUGUGGUCAUUAUAUUCUGUAGAUUAUGCUUGGCUCUUAUAUCAGUGUGUACACAUACCCAUCCCUUUUGUUCAACCAUGUUAGGGUAGACCAAAAAGUGUAUCCCAAGUUACACUCCAAAGAAAUGUGUUGACAUUUU